AUGGUAGUACUAUGCAGAUGCCAGACGUUGCCUCUAUUCACAUACUCAAGAAAAGACAUGGCAGUGUGUGAGAUGAGCUUGCUGUUAGCUUCCUUCCUCUCCAUCCUGGUGAUCGCCGCUGCAAGCGAUGAGGCCGCACUGGUUGCUUUCAAGGCCGGGCUCAGCAACUCCAGUAUGCUUGCCUCUUGGAACAGCAGCACCGACUUCUGUAGCUGGGAGGGCGUGACAUGCAACCGUAGGAGGCCGACGCAGGUGGUCGCGCUGAGCCUGACCUUCCGAGAACUUGCUGGUACCAUCUCUCCGGCCAUAGGAAACCUCACCUUCUUGCAGAGGCUCAACCUGAGCUCCAACGAGCUCUACGGUGAGAUGCCACCAAGCAUCGGCCGCCUUCGACAAUUGCAGAGCCUUGACAUGGGGAACAACAUGCUCUCUGGUAUAGUUCCUGCCAACCUUAGCUUCUGCACCGGCUUGACAACCCUCAUUCUCCACUACAAUCAGCUCAACGGUCACAUCCCAGUUGAUAUUGGCGAUACUCUGACACACCUACAGGGGCUCUCACUGAUGGAAAACACCUUCACCGGGUUUAUUCCAGCGUCUCUGGCUAACCUGUCAUCACUGCAUGCUGUAUCUCUCAAGCGCAACCUGCUCCAUGGCCCCAUCCCGGACAGCCUUGGCAAACUCGCAGGCCUGCAAUUCCUCAACUUUGAGGACAACAGACUCUCCGGUGUGAUUCCACCCUCCUUGUACAACUUGUCAUCACUGACAAACUUUGCCGUUGGUGGGAACAAGCUGCAUGGCAACAUUCCUGCCGAUAUAGGAGACAGAUUUCCCAUGAUACAAGAAUUUAGCCUUGAUGAUAACCAGUUCAGCGGAGCCAUUCCUUCUUCAAUAUCCAAUCUCACUACACUGGAAGGGUUAUGGCUCUCACAGAACAGAUUUAGUGGAUUUGUGCCUCCUCGUCUGGGGAGGCUGCAACAUCUCGUAAUUUUGUUCCUGCAUGAGACAAAUGUUGAAGCAAAUGACAGAGAGGGUUGGGAGUUCAUCACUUCAAUGGCAAACUGCAGUCAGCUGAGAAUCCUACUUAUCGGCAACAACUCUUUCAGUGGACGACUGCCAAGUUCAAUAGCGAACCUCUCGACAACUCUCGAUUCCCUUUACUUAGGUUACAAUAACAUCUCUGGACAUAUCCCCUCAGAUGUUGGCAAUCUUGUAGGCCUUAGCAUACUCGAGAUAGGGCAUACCUUCAUGUUUGGAGGGAUACCAGAGAGCAUUGGGAAAUUAGUGAACUUAGUUCAGCUGUACUUGGAUAAUAAUAGCUUUUCAGGCCUCAUACCCCCUUCUAUUGGUAAUCUCACACAGCUGGAAUGGCUACUUGCGCCCAACAAUAGCCUAGAAGGGCCUAUUCCGGCAAACCUUGGAACACUGGAAAAUCUUCAAAUUCUUGAUCUGUCCAUGAAUUACAAACUGAAUGGCUCGAUUCCUAAGGAGAUACUGGGGUUGACUUCCCUUUCUUCUCAGUUGGAUCUGUCAUACAACUCAUUAUCUGGACCUCUUCCUUCAGAGGUUGGUCGACUGCACAAUCUCAACAAGCUUAUUCUGUCAGGAAACCAUUUGUCCGGUGAGAUACCUGAUAGUAUAGGAAACUGCAUAGUGUUGGAAUUCCUGUUGCUGGACAGGAACUCAUUCGAAGGAAGCAUGCCUCAGUCUUUUGGGAAUAUAAAAGGGCUCCGUGUCUUGAACCUGACGAUGAACAAGUUGUCUGGUGCGAUACCUGAUACGCUUGGAAGCAUGCGCGACCUAGAACAAUUGUAUCUGGCACGAAACAGCUUCUCAGGGCCAAUCCCGGCGGUUAUUCAGGAUUUGACCUUGCUGUCGAAAAUGGAUGUGUCCUUCAACAAUCUGCAAGGUGAAGUGCCAAAAGGAGGUGUUUUCAGGAAUCUAACUUACAUAUGA